AUGGAGAUGAAGCUCACCAUCAAGAGGGUGCCCACCGUCGUCUCCAACUACCAGGACGACGCCGACAAGCCGCGCGCCGGCUGCGGGAGGAACUGCCUCGGCGACUGCUGCCUGCCUGCUUCCAAGCUUCCCCUCUACGCGUUCAAGUUGGAUCCGGCAAAGCACUUGCAGGAGGAAGCUGCUUCAACCAAGUUGCUUGUUGAUAUCCUCCUUAGUGAGUGGGAGGACAGGAUGGCCCGAGGCUUAUUCCGCUAUGAUGUCACUGCUUGUGAGACCAAGGUCAUCCCUGGCAACCUUGGGUUUGUUGCACAACUCAAUGAAGGGCGCCACCUUAAGAAGCGCCCUACUGAGUUUCGUGUGGACCGUGUGCUCCAGCCAUUUGACCCUGCCAAGUUCAAUUUCACCAAAGUUGGCCAGGAAGAGGUUCUCUUCCAAUUUGAGAAUGGCGAUGGUGAUGACAGCUAUUUCCUGAAUGACGCUCCAAUCAUUGCUGUUGAUCGUGCUCCAAAUGUUGUUGCUAUCAAUGUGAGCCCAAUUGAAUAUGGACAUGUGCUUCUCAUUCCUCGUGUUCUGGACCGCCUGCCUCAGAAGAUUGAUCCAGAGAGCUUCUUGCUUGCACUGCAAAUGGCAGCUGAGGCAGCUAGCCCGUACUUCAGGCUUGGUUACAAUAGCUUGGGUGCCUUUGCCACCAUCAAUCACCUCCACUUUCAGGCAUACUACUUGUCAGUCCCUUUCCCUGUCGAGAAGGCAGCUACCCACAAGAUUCCUCUUUCUGAGGACACAAUGAAGAAUGGAGUGACCGUGUCCAAGCUGAUAAAUUAUCCUGUGAGAGGCCUGGUAUUUGAGGGAGGGAACACACUGGAGGACCUGGCAAAUGUGGUUUCCAAUGCUUGCAUUUGGCUGCAGGACAACAAUGUGCCUUACAACGUGCUCGUUUCUGACUGUGGCAAGAGGAUCUUCCUGUUCCCCCAGUGCUAUGCAGAGAAGCAGGCUCUGGGCGAAGUGAGCCAGGAGCUGCUGGACACUCAGGUGAACCCAGCUGUGUGGGAGAUCAGUGGCCACAUCGUGCUGAAGCGCAGGAGCGACUAUGAGGAGGCAUCUGAAACCUCCGCGUGGAAGCUCCUCGCCGAGGUCUCCCUCUCUGAGGAGCGCUUUGAGGAAGUGAAGGCGUACAUCUUCAGCGCUGCUGGCCUGGUUCAGUCUGAUGAGGAAGAGGAGGAAGCCAGCGAGGGCGAGGGCACCACCACCUUUGCUCCUGUCCCGGUUACCCCUCUGCCUGUCGCUGAAGGCUGCCUCGUCCGCCAGUGA